CAACGAAACGUGAAUCAGUCGGCGUUCCGCAGCGUUCCGCGUUUGUUCUAUAGAAGAUCUUUUAGUUGAUUUUUUGUCGAUAUUGUCCGAGGAAUAAUUUACGGGUGGUCUUGAAAUCCUGGAAUCUUUCGGCGCUUAGUCGCCGGGUGAAUGAAUAGUUCGUGGAUUGUAAGAAGCGCGCGGUAUGGCGGCCGCGUGCGUUGGCGAUCAGCUUAUGUCGAGCGAGUCGUCUUCGGCGUCAUUGGACUUAGCAAAAAAGUCAAUUAAUAACGGCCGGCCAAUAUGUUGGCAACAUAGAUUAUUCGGCAAGCAACUGACCCGUUGCAAUCAGAUUAAUUCGCAGGACACGAAACCAUGUGAUGCAAGCGGUUCCCUCAUCGAUGAAGACGGCGGUACCGCAUGCGAUGUUAUCGGUGUGUACUUCAGUUUUAUCAAUCCCGGUGCAACCUGCGACGAUUUCACGCGUCAGCUGGUCGAACUUUAUGCGAGUGUCAACGCGGUGCACGCGGGAACGGAUGCUACCUCUGCUGCCGGUGUGUCGACCGAGAAUAUGAGUAAGGGAAGGGAAAGGAGGAAAAAGUUCGAGGUCGUACACGUGGUGCUUUGGAGUAACGUGGCUGACGUUUUCGACUUCGAGGAGAGCUUUCGUAAUCAUGUUACGGAUUUACCGUGGUUGGCCGUACCUAAUCGGGAUUACGAGAGGAAAACCAGGCUGACAAGAAGGUAUCGGAUAAAGGCAGGAGUGCCCACGUUGAUUCUACUCGAGGGUUCAAAUGGUUCGGUUGUAACAAGGGGUGGCGUCGAACGAACCAUUGCCGAUCCUACUGGCGCCGAAUUCCCUUGGAAACCACCGCAUCCAAAAGCUGCCCUGGAAGAUGGACCUUUGCGGUCUUGUGGUGCUCGCGACAGCAACGAACCAAUGUUACACGAGGAACUGCGACAUUGUUUUAAAGGUGUUUAUUUCAGUGCACAUUGGUGUCCUCCUUGUAAAGCAUUUACACCACAGCUCGUGGAUACUUACCAGCGAAUCCGAGAAAGAGGACAUGAUUUCGAAGUAAUUUUCGUGAGUUCCGAUAGGAGCGAGGAGUCCUACAAUGCUUAUACAGAAACAAUGCCCUGGCUUAGGAUACCAUUUAGUCAAGAAGAAAGACGUCGAAAAUUGGCUAGAGCUUUAGAUGUCCAAGCAAUACCCACCUUGGUUAUUCUUGAUCCACGGGAUAAUAUCAUCACUCUCGAUGGUAGAGCCGAAUUAUUAGAAGAUCCUGAAGGAUUGAACUUUCCAUGGACCAGUCGAUUGGUCAAUAUUCUAACGGAGAAAUAUGCGACGUCGUUGCACGAUGCACCAGCGAUCAUACUCUUCGUUGAGGGCGAUGAUUGCGAAAUACAAUUUGCAGAAAGUGUUUUAUUACCUGCCGCUGAGACCUAUAGAAGAGAUCGUCCAGAUUAUGAUCCCAAUUAUGACGAUCCCGAUGGCAUAUUACAAUUUUAUAUAGCCUUAGACUGCGAAACGUCGGAUAUUCUUCGUGAAUUUGUUGGUUUGGACGAUGCAGUACCUCUUCUGACGGCUAUCGAUAUACCACGAGGAGUUUAUGUGGUAAUGGAGGACGGUGCCGAAAUUACAGUAGAUUCUGUACAACAAUUCGUCGAUGGAUUUCGUAGUGAUAAACUACCAAAAAAUAAGAUAGUGGCGGUACACAAGGCUCCCAAAAAUGAAAAUGUUUCAGCUUGAAAAACGAUCUUCAAACUGAUUCCAAAAUGUGAAUGGUGUCAAAGUGUCUAAUUAAUGAUGUGGUUACCAAUCAAGCAAUAAGCUCGUAGCUUAAUAAUAUCGAGUUUGGAUUCGAAGCUGGCACAAGUUCUAGUCACUCGUUUAUCGCAUCAAUUUCAAAAACUGCGCGGAAACAAACGCAUAUACACUUUGUGAAAUUAUAAAUCUAAAAGUAUUCCCAUUUAACAGACUCUUCUACCUAUUUGUGCCUAAAAAAUGUAAAGAACUUCAUUUAUAUACUUGAACCGGAGAAAAUUAUUGUCUUGUAUCAAAAUUGUACACGAUGAUUUAUGAAAAACAAAAUAACGAAUAUUAUUCGAUUCGUGUAUAUCACACAACACUUACACCAGUAUCAUUUUUCUAAUACCUUACAUGUAAAGAUUCUUACAAAAAUAUGCAUGCUUAUCCAAGAUAUAUUACAUAUAUGUCUUGUUAUAUGUUCUUCAUAUUUACUUGUGCCAGCUAUAUAUAAUAAUUACAAUAUUUCAAUGAUUAAAGUCACAAUAAGUUGUAGAAUUCUUUUUUUUUUUUUUACUUUUUUUUUUCAAGAUAAAACUUUCAGUGUGUUCAUUAUAAUUGAUUUUUGAUAUAGGUAAAAUUUUUAAUUUGAUAAAAUUUGUUUAUAUAUGAACGAGCAUGCGAGUCUACGAACGUUCAAUUAUCAUAUAACCACAAUGGAAAUUUUUCUCUUCCCUUUUUCACUGUUUAUAUCCAUCUCUGUGAUACUGUAGCAGUAGCUCGUUUCAUAAGAAAGACCUUGCGUGAAAAUUGUGUUUGUAAUCACACACUUAUAAUUAUAUGGAAAUAACCAAAAGACUAUGUAUUGUAUAAUAGCCAAAAAUAAAACAGGCGGAUUGUAUUUUUAAGUGCACACGCGCACAUGGGAUACGUUAAUAUAUAACUAUAUGUAUUACUUAAUAAACGCCAAAUAGGCAUACAUUUGUAGACUUUCAAAACAUUCUAUAAUAAUUCAGUUUUGAUACUUAUGAAGAGAACAUAAGCAUUAUUUUAUAUGUUCAAGCUUUUAUUAUCUAUUGUUUUUUGUUAAUAAUAAAUUGAUGUUAGAC